AUGAUGCUUAACUCCGGUAUGCCCGAAUUGACUUCAGUUAACGAUCUUAAGUACUUGCGUGACACUCUUGCUCUAGGCAUGGGGGAAACUAAGGCUCUGGAAUAUUUUGAGGCUAAAUUCCACGAGGCAAGAAAGGGUGCUUGGUUUACACAAGCUGAUUGGCUCUGUCAUGGUGUUAAUGUCACUUAA